UGAGACUUUUCUGGCGAUCACCGCGCGAUUGCAUCUUCCCUGUUAAUUUUCCCGUAUUCCAAUGUGUUCAGUAGCUGGGCGGUAGCAUGAAGCAUGUUCACCUGUUGCAAAGUCCCCGCGAGGGGCUUGGGGAGGGCAACGCUGACUCUCCCCCAACUCGAUAAGAAUGCUCAUUUCUCGACGACUGCACAUGCCCAAACAUCGCAUAUCCGAAAAUCGUCGAGCUCGGCGAAAGAACGCCAGCGCGCCGAACGCGAGCAGUUGACUCGCCUGCUGAAAGAGUCGCCUGGCAAACGCGAUGCCAGAAACUUCCUCAAACACUUCGACAGCGCGAAGAAGAAUGACACGCCAGCUGCGGCAAAGGUGAAACAGGCUGUGAGCGAGGCGGUACACAACGAAUGGGGCCUGGCGAAAUCGGGCGUGAACCUUGGCAAUCUGUAUGAGCCGACUGUCUUCACACGGGAGCCUCUACCGGAGAAGGCGUAUGAGGAAGGCGAUAAGGAUGAACCCUUGCAUCUCGCAUUGGUCAAGCUGAGGCAACCACAAGCGCUAGAUGACAAGACGUUGGGAGGAAUCGCGCUCACGUUGAGUCAGUUGGCGCAGCUGGGAUUGAGCACCGCGGUGGUACUAGACUGCGAUGAAGAUAUCACACAACAAACGGCAGACUCAGACGUGGUAUAUAAGACAGUCAUGGAGCAAGCAAGGCGUUUGGUUGCUGCCUUGGAAGACUACAAUGAGCCAGGCGCAUUGUUAGUCGAGCAUGCAUUGAGCUUUUCGGAUUUGCCAAACAAUGUUCCGAGUACUGCACGUGUACGAGGAGAUGUUCAAGUGCAAAACGACUAUUUGUUAUUUCUUCCGAUCGACGAUGGCAUGAUUCCUGUCAUACCGUCAUUCGCGUACAACAGUGAGCUGAAGAAAGUCAAAGUCCAGGCCGACGAUGUGCUGCUAGCGCUGAUUCGAGAUUUUGCCGGCAUCUCUGGGCAAGUCAACGACACUGGUAACAUCGCACUCGACAAGAAGAAAGAGGCAAUGGAACGACCUAUCUUAGACCGGAUCAUCAUCCUCGAUCCCUUGGGAGGUAUACCAUCGUUGAGCAGAGCGGACGGUGCUCACGUAUUCGUAAAUUUGGAAGCAGAAUAUCGCAACAUCAAGAAAGAACUUCAACAACUGUCAAUGGCAGGCCAGACCAGAGGAAGCACCGGGGGAUCAAUGUCACUAGGAAGCAGCAAUCCAUUCUCGAAGUUCGUGGAAGACGAGUUGGCGUCUAUACCAGAUUCCUCACAGCAGCAACUCAGUCAUACGUCUCCUACACUUCAUCUGAGCAAUCUUGACGUGGUAGAGCGAGCGCUGAAGUUGCUUCCUCCUUCGUCCUCGGCUUUGAUCAUCACACCUGCGGAGGCCGCCACACAACCCCUCUCCGAAGAAUCACAGUCAAAACAUGCCCAAAACCCACUGAUCCACAACCUCAUUACUGACAAACCGAUGAUCUCCUCCUCACUUCCGACUUCACGUGCAACCCGGUUCUUCGAUACCGCAGCACCCAAUCCAGCGACCUUCCUCAAGAAAGGUAUACCGCUCACCAUGAUCCCCGAUCCACGCGUUACUGGACCCUGGCAACCACCCUCUGCAUUAAACCCUAGCAUUGAGCUAGCCGACGAUCCACGAAUCAACUUCCCCAAACUCGUCGACUUGAUAAACGACUCGUUCCGCCGAAAAUUGGAUGCAAAGGACUACAUUGAACGGAUUCGUGGCCGUGUCGCUGGUAUUAUCAUUGCAGGUGACUACGAAGGAGGCGCGAUUUGCACUUGGGAAAGGCCAUCUACACUCAAGGGCUCAACCCAUCCAGACGUUACGUCGGUAGACUCACCAUACUGGGUCCCGUACCUCGACAAAUUCGCCGUCUUGACCUCAUCCCAGGGCUCGGGUGGUGUAUCAGACAUUGUAUGGGCGGCGCUGACGCGGACGUGCUUUCCUGGUGGCGUUGUUUGGCGGAGCAGGACGAGUAAUCCGGUGAACAAGUGGUAUCAGGAGCGGUCGACUGGGAUGUGGAACCUGCCAGGUGGACAGUGGACGAUGUUUUGGACUACGGAGGGUGUUACGGAGGAAUGGUUAGAAAGGAGUGAAAGAGAGGGGUUGAGGAGAUGGGAUGCGUAUGUCGAUGUAUGUAGUGGGAUAGAGCCGAGUUGGGCUGACGGGAAGAAAUCGAGCUGAAUUGGUGGUGAUGUGCCAUAUCGAUGAAACACGAAUAAAUUUUGACGCC